GUCAGGUCCACUCACCUGCAAGGUGCGCAACGAAGAUGAUGGCCAUGAACGGCAAGCAGCACUUCUCCAUGCACCCUGCGCUGCACCCGAGCUCCGAGGGCAUGCGGCGGGUGUGCCUACCUGCCCCGCAGCUCCAGGGCAAUAUAUUCAGCGGCUUUGAUGAGAGUCUGCUGGCCCGCGCUGAAGCUCUGGCGGCGGCUGACAUCGUGUCUCACGGCAAGAGUCACCCGUUCAAGACGGACGUCACCUACCAUACCAUGAGCAGCGUGCCCUGCACCUCCUCUUCGUCCACAGUGCCCAUAUCCCACCCUUCGUCCAACCUGCCCUCACACCACCACCACCACCUCAGCCACCAGACCCUGGAGGGGGAUCUGCUCGACCACAUUUCCUCAAGUUUAUCGGUCAGCGGCAUGGGUGCGCCGCCGGACCCGUCGGUGAUGACCACCCAAGCCCACCAGCACCACCUGCAAAUGGGUCACUUACACCAAGCCAUGGCCAUGGGCCACCCGCACACCCUGUCGGUCCACAACGGGAUGGCGUGCGUCAACGACGUGGAGUCCGAUCCCAGAGAGCUGGAGGCGUUCGCGGAGAGGUUCAAGCAGCGGAGGAUAAAGCUCGGAGUGACCCAGGCGGAUGUGGGCUCUGCCCUGGCCAACCUGAAGAUCCCGGGGGUCGGCUCGCUGAGCCAAAGCACCAUCUGCAGGUUCGAGUCCCUAACCUUGUCCCACAACAACAUGAUCGCUCUCAAACCCGUCCUCCAAGCCUGGCUGGAGGAGGCUGAAGCGGCUUACCGGGAGAAAAACGGGAAACCAGAGCUUUUUAACGGGAACGAGAGGAAACGAAAGCGCACGUCCAUCGCGGCUCCGGAGAAGCGAUCGCUCGAGGCGUAUUUCGCCAUCCAGCCGCGACCAUCGUCGGAGAAAAUCGCCGCUAUCGCCGAGAAGUUGGAUCUAAAGAAGAACGUGGUCCGGGUUUGGUUCUGUAAUCAACGGCAAAAACAGAAAAGGAUGAAAUAUUCAGCGGUGCACUAGUGCUGUUAGAGCAAAGUAGACAUUUUAGGAACACCACAGGGAUCUAAAUCUUUUCUUUUAAUCAUUAGAAGCCUAUUAAAGACUCCAAGUACAUUUCAUAUCGCCUCCAGUUGAUGGAACCAGUGUGCGAAUUAUUCCAAGGGGUCUGGACCUCUAAUAAAGGCUUGGCCUUCCUCAUAAAGAAGUCAAAUGGUCUUAAAAAUAGAUGGAUUUUAGCAGUAUUUUCGAACGACAAAAGUUACAAGUUUGUGGCCGUGUGUGUCUGAGGUAACCAUAGCAACACUAGUUGCUUGAGCACUUUCAGUAAGCAUUAAUAUUAAAAAACAAAAUAACGAAACAUUUCUAUAUGACCGUCAGAUAACUGUUGUAAUGGCGCAAACAAGAAUUACGUUCUGAAAAUUACUGACAGAAUUUUCUCAACCCACCAAAGGCCGAAUAAUUCGCACAC